AUGGCUUUCUCACAGGCGUCUGGCCAUCGGCUAUCUUCAGAUCCUUUUUCUGCACUCCCAACCGAGAUCAACAUUCAGAUACUAAAGCACCUUUCCCUCCACGACAUGCGAUCUGCCACCGCGUGCUCGCCCAUGCUGUCAAGCACCUUAACCGGCAAUCGCCAGUAUAUUCUAGAGCCACACUUGCGAGAGGUCCAACUUAGCUAUGGUGACAUCUCAUUGUUUCACCUCGCAGCGGCAGCUAUGCAUCUUCGUGAGCUGCAUUCUAAGCACGACGGAGAUACCAUCCUGGUCCUAGAAAAGCACAUCAAGCCUGUCAUGGACUAUAUCUUGUGGUUGAACACAAAGACGGUAGAGGAAAGAGGCGACAUUAACCUCUACAUGGCCAAUGCAGCCCAAGACCUCCUGCCCGAGAUCAUCGGCGCUUUCACAAUGGGCCCGUGGGAAUGGUAUCAACUUGAAUCUCAGCAUCGGAGCCCUGGCUCGCUCUGGCCGGACAAGGCCCCCCUGGGCUUAAGGGCAGCUUUUAGCGACGGAUUCCUAAGAUUCGAUUGCUACCGGAGCAUAUUCCAUCACAAAAACCAAAGCCUUUUCCAGGAACAGGUUGCGAUGACGGACGUCUUCUCGAAUUUCUGGGACAUACUCCAUCACAAAGAUCAAGGCCUUUUCCAGGAACGUGCUUGUAUCAAGGAUGCCUUCUUGAACUCGUUUCCCCCGUUUCCGAAAUUCGAUGAUGAGAUUCUGCGGAUGUACCCCUAUACGAUUCUGGGCAAGAUUGAUCACCGAUAUGGCGAAAUCAUGCUGGAGCUCGACAGAAGGUAUCAUCGCCGUACUAAAGGCGUUGUCUGGCCAAAGGGGGCGUGGAAGGAGUAUCUUGCAGAAACGGCCAUGAUUAAUUUUCGGAAUCGUACUCCGGACCAGGAACACUACUUCGUGCAUCGUCUUUUAAUGCAAGGCUAUCCCAAACUUAUGUUUUUUGAACAACUCUCCCCUGAGUCGCAAUUGAAAACUCUGGAGGAGGAGUUCGAAGAACUUGUUGUGUCGAACCUACGGAGAUAUGAAGCGUGGGCAGCCUACAAAAGGCUUUAUUAUCACAACUUUUAUCGGCAUUUCACUCUUUGGGGCUAUAAAAGGCAGUAG